AAUAAAAAGAGCGAGUCAACAGCCUGCCCUGCAGUUUUUUCUUUUUUCUUUUUCAGUUUCUAUAGAGAGGAGAGAAUAUAGGCGCCUUAUUAUUUUCUACACCUCUGCAUAGUACUCCACAGAACUCCCUGGAGACACAGCUCAAUCUCGUUUGACAGACAGCUGUACUGCUCGUCAUCAAUCCGGUCUCAAAUAAACUGAAUCUAUUUCCACUUCUGCUCCCCAGUAUUUCAGGGAAGAGUACGAUGGACUGGCUCAUGCGGAGGGGGAUGAAUGAAUAAAUGUUUUGAAGACAUCACUUCUUCGAGAAGCUCAGCUGCAGCCGCAUCCCCUCGUCAUCCUACUCGUCUAACUCCUGUUCUCUCACAUUUGAGUGUCUCAUUUGGUCCCCACAGCUGUUUUCACCAUGACAACAUUUGACUUCUCGGAUGUAGAGGCGUUUUUGGACUGCCACCCAGAUCUCUUCGAGGAGUAUCUCGUUCGAAAGGCGAAAUGUGAUCAGGUAAGCAGAUGGUUGAAGGAGCAUCAGCCGUCGAAAGUGUCCACAGCCACAGAGGAGAGGCGAGGCGCUGCCGGGGACCCGCUCUGGCCGAGCAACCCGGACGGGCUCCGGCGCAGAUCGUCCCACAUGGAGCUGCGACGGAACUUCGCCCGAUCUAAAGCCACCACCGCACACCGGACUUACGACGAGCAUGUGAGCCUGAGUGAACACGAGUCUCAGUCCAGCAUGAGGCGCCGUGCGCUCCUGCGUAAAGCCAGCUCCCUGCCUCCGACCACCGCGCACAUCCUGAGCGCUCUGCUGGAGUCCAGGGUCAACGUGCCUCAGUAUGCAUCCAGCGCCAUCGACUACAAAUACAGACUUAAGGAAACCAACGAGAGGGAGUUUUUCUUGGAGUUAGUGAAGGAUAUCUCCAAUGAUUUGGACUUGACCAACCUCAGUUAUAAGAUCUUGAUCAACGUGUGUAUACUGGUGGAUGCAGACAGGUGUUCGCUUUUCCUUGUUGAGGGACCAGCGCACAAGAGGACACUGGUGUCCAAAUUCUUUGAUGUGCAUUCAGGCACCACUGUCAGACCAUCCUCCAGCACCCUAAACUCCAAUGAAGUGCAGGUGCCAUGGGGAAAGGGUAUCAUUGGAUAUGUGGCAGAGCAUGGAGAAACCGUAAACAUCUCCAACGCAUAUGAGGACCACCGCUUCAGUGAUGAGAUAGACAAAUUAACAGGCUAUAAGACUCAGUCCAUCCUCUGCAUGGCCAUCUGUAACAGCGAUGGAGAAGUCAUUGGUGUUGUGCAAGCAAUCAACAAGAAUCCCAUGGGCACACCCUUUACUGAGGAUGAUGAGAAGGUACUGCAGAUGUAUCUACCAUUCUGUGGGAUAUCGAUUUCUAAUGCCAAGUUGUUUUCUGAGUCUCGCAAGGAGUAUGAAAGAAGUAGGGCUCUGCUGGAGGUGGUCAACGAUCUGUUUGAGGAGCAGACUGACCUGGAGAAGAUUGUAAGGAAGAUUAUGCAGCGAGCACUAACCCUCCUGCAGUGUGAGCGCUGCUCUGUGCUUCUCCUUGAAGACAUUGAUUCACCCGUUGUGAAGUUCUCCAAGACAUUUGAGCUCAUGUCUCCACUGUGCAACAUGGACCAUGACAUCAGGUUAAAAAACAGCAUGGAGAAGCUAUCUUGCUCUGAUUGGCUGAUCAAUAACAGCAUUGCUGAGCUGGUGGCUUCCACAGGACUGCCUGUUAACAUCAGUGAUGUGUGUCAGGACCCACGCUUUGAUGCUGAGGCAGAUCAGGCCUCAGGGUUUCACAUCAGAUCAGUGUUAUGUGUCCCUAUCUGGAAUCGAACUCAUCAGAUAAUUGGCGUCGCACAAAUUCUAAAUCGCCUGGACAGGAAGACCUUCAAUGAUGCAGAUCAGAGACUGUUUGAGGCAUUUGUAAUAUUCUGUGGACUUGGAAUCAACAACACUAUGAUGUACAACCAAGUUAAGAAGACAUGGGCCAAGCAGUCUGUAGCACUGGAUAUGCUGUCCUACCAUGCAACCUGCUCCAAGGUAGAAGUUGACAGACUAAAGGCAGCUAAGAUCCCCCUGAGCAGUGAGUUAGGCAUCGAUGAGUUUCACUUCAAUGACUUCUCUUUGGACAAUGACGCCAUGAUCACCGCGUCACUUCGGAUGUUUCUGGAAUUUGGUGUUGUCCAAAAGUUUAAAAUUGACUAUGAGGUUUUGUGCCGCUGGCUUCUGACUGUGAGGAAGAACUAUCGAACCGUGGCAUAUCAUAACUGGCGGCAUGCCUUUAAUGUGUCGCAGUGCAUGUUCAUUAUGAUCACAACAGCCAAUUUCCAGGAUGUCCUAUCAGAUGCAGAGAUACUGGCACUGAUGGUGGGCUGUCUGUGUCAUGACUUGGACCACCGAGGCACCAACAAUGCGUUUCAAGCCAAGACGGGUUCCGCUCUGGCUCUGCUUUAUGGAACCUCAGCCACCCUGGAGCAUCAUCAUUUCAACCAUGCAGUCAUGAUCCUACAAAGUGAGGGUCACAAUAUCUUUGCAAACCUCUGCUCUAAAGAAUAUAGCAACAUGAUGCAACUAUUGAAGCAGGCUAUUCUCUCCACAGACCUUACAUUGCACUUUGAGCGCAGAACCAAGUUCUUUGAAUGUGUUCUGUCGGGAGAAUUCAGCUGGACAGAUGAAGGACACAGAGAAGUUCUCAGGUCUAUGCUGAUGACAGCAUGCGAUCUGGGGGCCGUCACUCGUCCUUGGAAGAUAUCCAAACAGGUUGCAGAGCUGGUGACAAGUGAAUUCUUUGAACAAGGUGACAGAGAACGGUCUGAGCUUAAGUUGACCCCAGCGGCCAUAUUUGACCGCAAUCGUAAAGAUGAACUACCUGCCUUACAACUGGAGUGGAUAGAUGGGAUAUGUAAACCCCUUUACCAGGCAUUGUUGAAGCUCAACAGGAAAUUGCAGCCAAUGGUAGAUGGGAUAGAUGCCAAUCGAAAUAAAUGGCAAGACCUCUGCUUGUCCUAUCAGCAGAGACGCAGAGCCUCACUGUCCAAUCAGAGUCCUGAAUCAGAUCGGAGUCCCAAGUCUAAUGAAUACACAGGAACCAAUCAGCACCCAGACUCCAAAGAGACUCUAAAGCUGGUUAAAAACACCAAGGUUAGGUCAAAGUCUGAGUGCAGUCAAGAUGUGCGGUCCAGAGUGAACAAAGGUUCCUAUGAUGAUAAUCAAGCAUCAGCUGGCAACAUAACAGCUGCAGGAAUGAAGUAAAGCAAGCUAAGUGUUAAUUAUAGGUGUAUCCAUUAAAUGGCUCACAUGGGACUUUUCCCAUACUCUGUGAUUUUCUAACACAUGGACUACCCUAAAACGAUUUUUAAAAAGUCUGGGUAAAUGAAACGCAGUUUUCAUCUGCUGGUUCUCCCAAGUGUCACUGUGUUAAACUCAGGAGCGUGAAUAAUUCCUGUUGGUCGAACUAUAUUUAAAGGGCAGAUUCCCAUGUUUCUCUCCCUCUCUCUCUCUCUCUCUCUCUCUCUCUCU